ACACCGAACAGCAGAGUCGCAAAAUGUCGAAGCCAGUGGAAGCGCUGGGCCUUGCACGGCAGCGUAUCGAUCAAUUACAUCGAGAGGAUCCGGCAUUCGUACGAGGAGCAGGCGCCGAUCCUACUGAGGCAGCAGUGAGAGCGCAAGAUGAAUUAGCAUAUGCCGAUGCGAUGGAGGCAUGGGCAUUGAAGUUGCUAGAUCUUCACCGCGCCUCAGACGACCCGGUAUCUCGAGAACUUGUGAGGCAAGAGCACCUCGUCCGCGUCGCUGCCAGAUGUCAGCAUCUGGAGCGCUUCAAGACGCCCCGCUCCACCUAUCCGGAUGGCAAAGCCGGCUACUUCAAGUGGCGUAGAGAAUUGUACGUCAAGCAGGCUGACAAGGCAAAGGAGAUCCUACAAGCUUCUGGUGUUCCAACUGAGGACGCUGAUAAGGUACACAAGUGGGUGCGCAAGGGCGAGCUCAAUGUGGGAAGGGACGAUGGAGAUGCGGGGACGCAACUCCUUGAGGACGCCGCAGUGUUGGUCUUUCUGGAGAAGGAGGUGGCGGCUUUCGCCAAGAAGCACGAAGAGUAUUCUGAAGAGAAAUGGGUGGAUAUCUUGAGGAAAACUCUACGCAAGACAUCGAAGAUUGGAGCUGCCGCCGCAAUGCAAUUGCCCAUGGCACCCGACUUUCGCAAGCUUGUCGAUCUCUCCUUGGUUAAAGCGGAGGACACGAAGGAGUGUGAAGAGGUGGUCUUAGCACCAAGGCAGAAUUCGCGACCCAAGACGCUUCAAGAAGCACAGGAACACUUGGCUAACGGAUCAAGCGGCACAGAUGCCAUCUUCGGUACCCGUCUUCUGCAGCAGCAAGACUCGGACAACGCGGUCUGGGAGCACAACGCUUGGGAUCAUGUUGAGCCUCCAGGAGACUUUCUCAAUGAGGUGCAAGAGCGCCUUGCCGCACAAGAACGCGCUAAAGUACCCAAGGCACAGGCUGAAAUGUAUCACCGCGAUCCUGCCUCUUUCUGGAAUUCUUUUUACGCUGCACAUCAACAAAACUUUUUCAAGAAUCGGAAAUGGCUCAAGUCGGAAUUUUCGGAAUUGGCAGACGUAUUGCACAUAGACGCCGGCCCAAAGACCGUGGUGGAAAUCGGCUGUGGUGCAGGGGACACUCUUCUACCUUUACUGCACGAUAAUCAGAAUCCGGGGCUAUCCCUGUAUGGCUUCGAUUAUUCUACAGAAGCUGUUCGCGUGGUCCGAGAAUCUUCAAUAUACCAGCAACCUAAGUGCGGGCGGUGCGUCGCGGACGUGUGGGACCUAUCGGCACAAGAUGCCCAGGACGAUUCUCGACCCAGCCUGCCGCCGGGCGUCUUACCUGGCACGGUCGACGUUGUCGUCAUGAUCUUCGUUUUGUCCGCUCUGAAUCCUACAGAGUGGUUAGCCGCAGCAAGAAAUAUUGUGGAAAUGCUCAAACCUGGCGGAAAACUUCUUUUCCGUGAUUACGGUCGAUACGAUCUACCUCAAUUACGCUUCAAGGACAAUCGGCUGCUGAAGGAAAAUUUUUACGUGCGCGGUGAUGGCACAAGAGUGUACUUCUUUGACAAGUCGGAAAUUGUCCGCAUUUUCUCUGCUGCACCAUUAAAAGAUGGUCCCUCCCAGAGUGAUGUGGCCGAUCAGAGCGAGAUCUUGUUCGAUACCCUUCAGCUCGUAGAAGAUCGACGCAUGCUGGUUAAUCGAAAACAAAAGAAACGCAUGUACCGAGUAUGGCUUCAAGCGAAAUUGCAACGGCGGUGA